AUGUUGUUAUGUUUUAUUUCUUCAGGCUCUCGGAAACAGAAGAAGAGCAAUGAACUCCGAAUAAUUUUGGUGGGGAAGACAGGAGCGGGGAAGAGUGCAGCGGGAAACACCAUCCUGGGGAGGGAAGCGUUCCAGUCUGAAAUGUCUGCUUCUUCCUGGACAACUCAAUGCAAGAGGGCUGAGGGAGAGGUCGGAGGUCAAAAGGUUGCCGUCAUUGACACCCCGGGGCUGUUUGACACUAAUUUCACUCAAGAUGAAGUGCUGAAGAGGAUCCAGACGUGUAUUUCUCUCUCUGCCCCUGGUCCUCAUGCCUUCCUGGUGGUCCUGAAGCUGGGCAGGUUUACCCAGGAAGAGAAAGACACCGUGAGGAUGAUUCAAAGCAUUUUUGGCGAGGAGUCAGCCAAAUACUCACUAGUGUUGUUCACACAUGGAGACAAACUAAAGAAACAAACCAUUGAAAGCUUUGUUUCAAAGAGCGAAGAACUCAAAGAGCUCAUCCAGGUAUGUUACGGGAGAUAUCACGUCUUCAACAACCAAGUGACAGACCAGGAACAGACUGAGCAGCUCCUGGAGAAAAUAUUCAGAAUGACUCAAGAGAACGACGGAGGCCACUACACUGCACAGAUGUUCAGGAGAGCGAAAAAGGCUUUAAAGAAAGAAAAACGGAGACUUUCAAAGGAGCUGAAGGCAGUAGAGCAGCAGAGGAAGAAGAACCUGAAGGCUGAAGUUAAGAGGGAAAUUAAUUUAACAGGAGGAUCACCGAAACACCAUAAAUGUCUUCUGCAGUAGGAGGUGGAGGUACUUGUUUUUUGCAGAAAGUUUUGUUUAUCAAGUCUUAUGGUUAAAUCAGUUUUCUGGAGGUUGUGCUAAGCGUCAUGU